AGUAGUCAAGCAUUCCAAACAGACACGAGCCUGUGCAAAGACCCUGCAGCAGAGCCCUGUCUGCCUUGCAUAAGAAAUAGCACGGAGGCCAGAGUGACUGGACCAGAGUGAGCCAGUGGGGAGGCAGUAGCAGAUGAGGUUGCAGGGGUAACAGAGGAACACAUCAGGCAGGGCUUUGGCUUUUACUUUGAGUUUGGGAAACCACUGGGAAGGUUUUGGGCAGAGAAGGAAUUGAUCUGGCUUUCUUUUUUUAAGGUCACUCAGGCUGCUGUAUGGGGACAGGCUGCAGGGAUACCAGGGAAGAGACCACUGUCAUGACCCAGCCCCACUAGGCUAGAAGCUCCCUGGCUUCCCCCACAUCAGGAUCCCCAACAAACCCAUUCCCAGGUGGAUAAGAGCCCAGGAAGUUCCCUAGACCACGUUCACUACUUCCUAGUUACCCAAGAGCAGGACAUCGCAGACACUGGCCUCCUGGAAUAUUCCCUCCGCUCCUCACAUUUACAGGAAGGACUCAAGCAAGCCUCGGCGCCAGUUCAGUCGGCCCGGGGCCACUAAUACCAAUGGGAUCCAGCGGGUUCUACGAGUGACCAAAGGAAGAGACCAAGAUGAAUACAGAGCCCGAGAGGAAGUUUGGCGUGGUGGUGGUUGGUGUUGGCCGAGCCGGCUCCAUGCGGAUGAGGGACUUGCGGAAUCCACACCCUUCCUCAGCGUUCCUGAACCUGAUAGGCUUCGUGUCCAGAAGGGAGCUCGGGAGCAUUGAUGGAGUCCAGCAGAUUUCUUUGGAGAACGCUCUUUCCAGCCAAGAAGUGGAGGUCGCCUAUAUCUGCAGUGAGAGCUCCAGCCAUGAGGACUACAUCAGGCAGUUCCUUAAUGCUGGCAAGCACGUCCUUGUGGAAUACCCCAUGACACUGUCAUUGGCAGCCGCUCAGGAACUGUGGGAGCUGGCUGAGCAGAAAGGAAAAGUCUUGCACGAGGAGCAUGUUGAACUCUUGAUGGAGGAAUUCGCAUUCCUGAAAAAAGAAGUGGUGGGGAAAGACCUGCUGAAAGGGUCGCUCCUCUUCACAGCUGGCCCAUUGGAAGAAGAGCGGUUUGGCUUCCCUGCGUUCAGCGGCAUCUCUCGCCUGACCUGGCUGGUCUCCCUCUUUGGGGAGCUUUCUCUUGUGUCUGCCACUUUGGAAGAGCGAAAGGAAGACCCGUAUAUGAAAAUGACAGUGUGUCUGGAGACAGAGAAGAAAAGUCCACUGUCAUGGAUUGAAGAAAAAGGACCUGGUCUAAAACGAAACAGAUAUUUAAGCUUCCAUUUCAAGUCUGGGUCCCUGGAGAAUGUGCCAAAUGUAGGAGUGAAUAAGAACAUAUUUCUGAAAGAUCAAAAUAUAUUUGUCCAGAAACUCUUGGGCCAGUUCUCUGAGAAGGAACUGGCUGCUGAAAAGAAACGCAUCCUGCACUGCCUGGGGCUUGCAGAAGAAAUCCAGAAAUAUUGCUGUUCAAGGAAGUAAGAGGAGGAAGUGAUGUAGCACUUCCAAGAUGGCACCAGCGUUUGGUUCUUCUCAAGAGUUGACCAUUAUCUCUAUUCUUACAAUUAAACAUGUUGGGGAAACAAGAA